UGUCGCUUUGCUUGACAACUAGGCGAAAUAACGAAAAUGCUGCUGUUCAUGUGGUAGAAGCCAUCCGAAAUGAUUUGACAAGGGGUCAAAAGGGUGCCGCACGGUAAAGCAAUGGGGGAUGAACAUAACAGCGGUUUGGAGGACGACAGUUUCUUUGAUAAGAAGACAACUUGUCGCUUGUCUCUCCAAAUGAUAGUGGAAAGGCACCUACCACCGGAAGCCUCAUCCUGGGAUUAUGAGGAAAUAAUUUCCGCUCUGAACAAGAUAACUCAUGUUCGAUUAGACCGAGAGAAUAUUAGACAGAUUGACAACUUAGAAUUGUUUGGAUCCAGUGUGACUAAUGUCUAUCUACAGAAGAACUGCAUCAAGAAGAUUGAGAACUUGAGCUGCCUGACAAACUUGGUGUUCCUGACAUUGGCUGGGAACAAGAUUAAGAAGCUUGAAAAUUUGACAGGUUUCUCCAAACUAGCCCUGCUAGACUUAUCUGACAAUCAGAUAGAGGACUUUGAUGUUGAUGAAUUUCCACAGAGUUUGGUCAUCCUCAACUUGAGUAAUAAUCCAUGCACAAAUUUACCAGAUCACAGGGGCAGCAUUAUUCAGGAGCUGCCAUGUUUGCGGCAGCUGAAUGGGGAAGAUGUGUCCAGAGAGGAACGCUUAGAGGCGGGAUAUUGUGUUUCCAGUGAGGAGGAAGAGGGCUCAGAGGACAGUGAUGUGGGGCCAGCAACAAACACAGUGCCUACCAACUCUCAUGGGAGAGAUAACGAGCCAGGUUCUGUGAAGUUUAUGGCUAAUGAGAUGCUGACACGCUCUCAACAGAGGCUAGAGGAGUCACUGACUUUACACAAACAGCGUUCAGAGGACAUGAUGAACAUGAGAAUAAAGUUUCGUCUUCCACCAGUCAGUGCCAGGAGUGAGGGUCAGGGGUCAGGGGAGAUAUAAAGGCUGUGUAAGAGCCUUCCUUCCACAUCUAGUGCACCAAUCCAUUCCAUUUCAGGCUCUCAAUCCUCCUCAUGUGAACUUCUUAAGGAUCUAUGCUGAGAUUUACCUGAUUUUAUCUGUGUUCUUAUCCUUUACCUAAUAACAGAGGCAGGGACGACUUUCACAAAAUCUUAUGUCAUAUUUCUUGAGAAAAGGUGUAAAAAAUUGCUUUACAGAGUUUUGUGAAAUCAGCCCCUUUUUUGCUCAUGUGAAAUGAAAUGAAAUUAACCUUGGUGGUUUAGAGCCAUUGUGUUAUAGACUAGGGCUUAGGUUCAAUCCCAUGUCAAGUUAGUUGAAUAGUUGAAAUAAUUCGAAAGCAAUGGUGAACCCCAAACAUGAUAAGGUAAUGAGGUACCAUUUUGUCAGAAUUCCCACCUGGAAACUUUGGUCAGCUGUCCAGUAUGAAGGUAAGAAUCCUAAAUAUGUAAAGCCAGCUUAGGGUAUCAUUUGGUGGCUUAGCAGUCUGCUUUGAUGUGUUUCAAUUUAGGUCAAUCCCAUUCUUACAUAUAAGGUGUAUACAAUCUACACCAGUACAGGUGCUAACUCAGUAACUCGCUAUUUUAUUUAUAUGUGUACAUGUAGCAAUUUUUAUGUGAUGUACAUAUAGGGGAUAAAUUCUGACCAGAAAUGCUUUAAUACACAACUUGUAAUUAGAAUAUGUAUCCUGUUUUGAUAACAGCUGUGAUACUACAUGUAUCUUGAAGUAUCUUCGCGUUGAGGAUUUUUAUUGAGUCUAUGCAUGUCAUGAACUGUUAAUGUUAGUUCAAGCUAUAACUCAUUCCUGAUACUGUUCAUGCUAUCGUAUUCUUCAUAUUGGGUAAAUCUGUGACACAUUUGGAUUGUAAAGUGGGCUUGUAAUAAUGUCGCUAGUGAGUCACACAAACUUGGUGUGGCCCUAAAACAAGUGUCUAUUUUUCUUUUUUGCAAAAAUUUGCUUUCAUAUUUUCUUUUUUUGGGCACAAGCACUGCACACAUUACUUGAAUGAACUUCAAAAGAAUUUUCUUCAGACCUGAAUGUAGGUGUAGAAAAAGUUGUGUGACGUCACUGAUACAUACGUUAUCAAUAUGGUCCAUUAAACCCACAAACUCAAUUUGGUGAAAAAAAUAGAAAUAUAAGGAACAGUAUUUUCAGAUACAGGUUUUAAUGGUCUUUCUACCAGUGUCUACAUCAUUUUUAUGGUUUCUUUCCUUUGACAUGAGUCAUAGACACCAUUUUUCAUCAUAAUUGUCAAGUAUUGUCACAGAUCUCAAAAUUUUGGCCUAAGAUUAUUUUUUAGUGAAAAACAGUUUGGAGAUUCAGAUAAUCCUUAUAUGAGAAUCCAUUCAAAACAUGGCAGGGUGUUGGACAAAACUUAAUACAUGCCUUUAUCACAUUCCUUGCAUUUCUUUUCAUUUAAGAUACAUUAAGUGUGUAUGCCAUUUUAUGUGCAUAUGUUAUCUUUGUUAUCAUUUAAUUCCUUUUAUCAUUGUAUUUUAUAGGUAUUGCUAUGACCGUUAAAUAUGACAGGUGUAUUCAUGCUUUUGUAUGUAUAUUGAGAAGUGUUUAUGUUGAAUGUUAUUUCAUGCGGAAUUGUACUGUAUGUAGACCUUCAGGUCCCAAAUGCAGUAUAGUGGAUUAAGAACGUGGGGAUGUAGGGCCAUAGACGAAAGUACAUCUAUCUUUAUAAUCCCAGGUAUAAUAUUUUUAUGUGAACAUGUUAUCUUUGUUUUCAUUUAAAUCAUUUAUCAUUGUAUUUAGGUAUUUCGAUGACUGUUAAAUAUGACAAAUGUAUUCCUGCAUUUGUAUGUAUAUUUGGAACUAUUUAUGUUUGAUGUUAUUUCAUGCAGAAUUGUACUGUAUGUAGACCUUCAGGUCCAAAAUGGAGUAUAAUGGAUUAAGGACUUACGGGUAUGGGACCACAGACGAAAGUUGCUUGCUCUUGACCAGUGUACAGUAAACAAUUCCCUCUUGUUAUUUCCCUUGCCAUCGUGCCACAGAUACAUAUCGCCAGGCCAAGACAGUUAUUUUUAGCUAUGAUUACAUAAACAUAUCGAAUUCAUUUCCUCCUAAAUGGCUAAAUUAGGGUUGUUGUAUGGCAGUUGGUGAAGUCCAAUGUAUAAUAAGGCCUGUUUAUAAAAGAUCAAAACAUAUCUUUUAGUGGGUAAUUUAUAUGCCUAUAUGUAUAUGUGUUAUUUUGUUGUUCAUUUAAAUACACCUUUUUGGGCCGUUUGCCACUUGCGUUACUUUAUAUGACAAAACGUUACUUUAUAUGACAAAAUAAACACUUAUGAAAAUCAAAUGUGUAAUAUUGUACCUGUAUUUCUUUUUUGUGUGUGCUUGUACAUAAGAAGUUUUAUUCAUCAUUCGACCAUAUUCAACAAGGAUUAACCUUGUCCACGGCGAUCUCCAGAAAUAGUCGGCCGAUCUCAACCGAAUUUUGAACCUUAAAUACUUUUUUAAUACUUAUCAACUUAGAAAGUAGUUUUAAUGCUCAUUUGAAUUAUGUGUCUAAAUAUGAAGCACAUAUUCCUUUGAAGGUAUUUUGGUUAUUGUUUAUUUCUAUUUUAUGUAGGAACAUCCCUUGGUGUAAUAUUAAUUCCCUGUAUCAACGUGAAUGAUGGGUUACUGGUUUUUUACAUCAUGUGACAUGCUCAGUAUUAUAUUCAAGGUAUUCAAAUGCUGGUAGUUGGGAGACAUGUUUUGGUUCGAAAACUUUUUUUUCUCUUGCUAUCUCGGCUUUUACUUUGAAAUCUGUGGACCAUUUGCUUGUAUGCUGUCGUCUGCCGACAUUAUGUAUCCAAGCGGGAAACUAGAACUGCACGUAGUAGAUAACUUCACUACCAUGUGGAAAAGCGAAUAAAUCAAUAUAUACGACGUGUGGUUGAGGAAGAAUCACAUAGACCUAUUCUGCAUUAAGAUUUCAUAAGGUUUCCAC